AUGGAGCAAGUGGAGAGGGUGUCACAGUUCAAGUUCCUGGGCACAAACAUAUCAGAGGACCUCACAUGGACACACAACACCAAAUGUCUGAUAAAGAAGGCACAACAACGCGAUUAUGUCACACUGAAGGCAGCUGGGAGAUACGUGUUGGCCGCUGCAAUGUCCAACAAGGUCAAGUAUUCACGCCUGGCUGCUGAUGACAAUGGUUACAUAGACCUGCAGUUCAUGAAGAGCCCCCCCAGGGUCCCAUACAAGGCCAUUGCGGUGGCGGUAUUCCUCUUCCUGAUCGGCUCCUUACUGAUCAUCGUUGGGGCUCUUUUCCUGUCCGGAGUCAUCCACGUUAAGAAUCCCGACAGCACGAUCCCCAUCAUCAUCAUCGGUCUGCUCGUUUUCCUCCCAGGGUUUUACCACCUGAGGAUCGCCUACUACGCCGCCAAAGGUUACCGAGGCUACUCUUACGACGAUAUCCCAGAUUUUGGCGACUGAGUCAAAACAAAAGCUUCGACACAAACUGUUCCCUGCUGCUGUUAACUUUCUGAAUGCAUGUAGCGAACGAAAAAACAAGGAGCAAAAACUUCUUGCUGCUGAGACUGAUGUUCAUCCUGAAGGGCUCCACGUAUCGCUGAUAUAUUACAGAUACAUGGAAGUUUGUCUUGUUUCUUGUUUGGUCUGUGCUUUAUUACUCUCCACACCACGAGCCCCGCUGACCUGGGAGAGUUGAUCCUUCUUUAUUAGCUGUGAAUCAGGGGAGGACGUCAGAGCCGCUGCACCACUUUGCUGUUACAAAACUCCACACAUAAAUAAUAUGCUACAGUACUUUAGACAAAUCUUCACUGAAACUUUUAAAUCACUCCCACUCAGGGUUGAUGUCUGAGACGAUCACCGUUUUAAAGGUUGCUGUCAUAUGAAGCAGCUAAGGUGUUGUUUACUGUUUACACCUGAAGCACUGCAUUCGUGUUAGUAUCCAACCAGAAGUGGGUAUUUUUAUCGCUCCACCGUAUAUUUUUGAGUGAAAUGUGUUAAUUACUAAAGUAUUGCUUUUUGUUCAGAACAUUUAAAAUGUGUUUUUCUUCUCCUUACAAUGAUUUCAUAUGAAAAUAAAGAACGUUAAAAAAAACUGGAAA